AUCUUCUCCAUCCUUGAAGAGGAGUGCAUGUUCCCCAAGGCUACAGACACUUCUUUCAAGAACAAGCUGCACGAUCAGCAUCUUGGCAAGACCAAGGCCUUUGAGAAGCCAAAGCCUGGAAAGGGCAAGGCUGAAGCUCACUUCUCUCUGGUUCACUAUGCUGGUACAGUGGACUACAAUAUCGCUGGCUGGCUGGAAAAGAACAAGGACCCUCUGAACGACUCAGUUGUUCAGCUCUACCAGAAAGCUUCAAAUAAACUGCUGUCAAUGCUGUAUGCAACCCAUGCUUCUGCUGAGGAGGCUGGUGGUGGAAAGAAGGGUGGUGGAAAGAAGAAGGGUGGUUCCUUCCAGACUGUGUCUGCUCUUUUCAGGGAGAACUUGGGCAAACUGAUGACCAACUUGAGGAGCACUCAUCCUCAUUUUGUGCGCUGUCUGAUUCCAAAUGAGUCAAAGACCCCAGGUCUCAUGGAGAACCACUUGGUCAUCCACCAGCUGAGGUGUAACGGUGUGCUGGAGG